AUGAACCAAUCAAUGACGUUGUAUUUAAUUAUUCAAUAAUUUAUAGAAUAAAUACUCUUAGGAAAUAAUCAUCAAUUCUUUCUUUGGAUAAGUAAACUGAAGAUAAUGGAACUUCAAAACUUAUGAAAAAGAUAUCUUAGAGAUAAUUACAGGGAAGUGUAGAUGAUAUUUCAAGAUUGAUGCCUUUAAAUGAUAAUCUAAUCAAUGUUUAUAAUGAUUUUGAAGAUAAUUUUAGAGUUGUUAGAGAAUCAAAUAAAUUUAAAAAUGAAGUACCUUAAACAAGUAAGUAAGAAAUAAUAUAAAUUAAUAAUUCUAAUAUUUUAAAAACUGCUGAUGGUUUAAAUUUGUGCGAUUUAAAUCCGGAAAAGUUAAAUCGAAUAUAAAUAUAUAGAUUUAAGUUUUAUUAUUUUAGAGUAAGAGUGAAAAAUAAACUAAACCCCUUAUAAAUAUAUUUUACAUUACCCGAUAAAACACAAAAUUACAUAUAUAAAGUGUUUAUAUCUACUAGCGUUGAAUUUCCAACAAAAUUUAAUUGUGAGUAAUCUACAUCUAGUCGAUCAAUAAAAAUAAAAACUAAAUCAGGAUCUAAAUUUUUUUAUGAAGACUAUUUAUAUAUGACUUUAUAUGCUGAAACAGAUUUUAUUAUAAGUGUUCAUUUAGUCUUUGGAGAAUUUCAUCAUUCUUUUUUAAGUGCCAAAUAAUAGGAACCUUAAAGAUACAAGAAAUAUUGGGAUGAAGAUAAAAUAAGUAUAUCACCAAAAAAAGAUAAAAUUUUGUAAAACUUAGAUCAAUCUCGAUAUAAAAGUACAUAAAAACUUAAAGAAUUUUUGAAAGGAGCAGGUAAGAUAUUAAGAAUAAAAAUUUUAGAAAUAACUGCAAAAAAGAUAAUUUAAGUUGUUCAAAGAGGAAAACAAAUUUAAAAAGAGAAAUUAGAAGAAAGAAAUAUAAAGAUGUUAGUAAAAUCAUAAAUUCAAGAAUUUCGUAAAGUUGAAAAAAGUAUAUUAUAAUAAAAAUUCGAAAAAUAAAAUUAAUGUGAUUAUUGGGAAUAAAUAAUAUCAAUUAUGACACUGAGUAGAUAACUUUACAAUAUUUUACAUGUAAAAAUGAUGAAAAAAUUUAGGAAAGAAAACGAAGACUAAGAAUUUAAGCAAAAGCAAAGCUAAUAGUUUUGAGAAUAAAAACAAAAUUGUUUUUAGAAGUAUAAUAAUAUGGACAGAAUCCUUUUGAUAGAUGCAGCAAUAAAUCUUUACUUUUAUUAAAGUUAGUUAGUUUACAUUUGUAAAGUCAAUCUAAAUUAAGAGCAUAAAAAAUAGCAACAGACUUUUUGAAAAAGACACUUCUAUAUUAAAUAGCUUAAAUGGCUCAUCAUAAUAUGGUCUCUAAAGGUAUGAUAUUAUUAAUGUAGUAAGAAUGAUUGUAAAGGCAUUUAAAAAUAAAAAAUUUUAAAAACGUGCUUUUAAAGAUAGAUUUUGGAGAUUAAUUAAAAACUAUUUUGGAAGCAAUGGGCCUUAAUUAUUUGUUACAUCUUAAAUAAAAUCAAUUCAAAUAGAUAAACCAGUUAUGUCUAAAGUGAUAGAAUAAUAUAUACAAAAUAGAAAAAAAUAAUGGUGUUAGUUAUAUAAAUAAAAUAAAAGCAUUAAUAAGAAUGAGAAGACUACACAAUUAAUACAAAUAUUUUAAUUACCAAAUGAUAAAGAAUUAAAAUAUAUAAUGAAGGAUUACUACAUUUUAAAGAAAUGCAACUGA